AUGUUUGCUCCCAAGACAUCCGCGCCUACUUCUGGUGGGCUUACCAUCAGCACUCCCUCCACUUCCCUCUUCGGCAACGCCAAUACCCAAAACACAUCUACGGCAGCGCCCGGUACGACGACGACUCCGAAUCUAUUUGGCAACACCUCGACAACUCAGUCGAAGCCAGCCACAGGCCUUUUCGGUAACACCCAACAAUCCUCCAGCACAGGCUCAACCAUGUUUGGGACGCAACAGCAACCACAACAGCAGGCCGGUGCGACCUCGAGUUUAUUCGGCAAUCAGCAAAAACCAGCUGGGACAACCCCCAGUCUGUUCGGCAACCAACAAACGCAGAAUGGGUCGACGAGCCUGUUUGGAAGCAAUGCAAACACUGCAGCCGCAUCAACAACUCAACCUACACAGUCAUCAGGCCUUUUCGGGGGAGCCGCCGCCACGACCCAGACGCAGACAAAGCCAACCUUCAGUUUGGGGGGCGCGACGACGGGAGGAGGAGGUUUAUUCUCCGGUCAACAAUCCCAACCUCAGCAACAGCAGCAGCAGCAGCAAGCCAAUAAACCUACGCUGAAUGUAUUCGGGAACUCGACUGCCAAUCAAGCAACUCAGCCUUCAUUGCUCCAACAAAGCACGGCACCGGGAAAUAUCGUCCAAGGGGUCAAGGUGGACAUCAGCAACCUUUUGCCCACGACCAAGUAUGAAAGUUGCUCUGACGAGCUGCGUCGCGAAAUCGAAGUCAUUGACAAUGCGAUCCUCGGUCAAAUGAAGCUUUGCCAUGAAGUCUCGGACAUCCUACCUACGAUCCAAUCCCAAGGGGCCACAAUUCCCAACGACGUUGAAUUUGUUCAAGGAAAAUUGGAAACAAUGCAACACGCAUUGGAGAACGAUGCUCAAGACAUCGACCAGCUUCGUAGCCUAGUCGCCCGCAAUGCAGCCGAAGCAGAGGUUGCUUUCCGGGCCAUUGACACGCUCAAGCUCCCCCUGCAAUAUCAGACCACGGGUGGUAGCUGGUGGUCAAUGCAAGACCAGAAGGUAGCAGACCGGUCCACCCUGCCUUCUGUUCGCAAGAAUACUCUUGCGCUUCCUGACGAUGUUGAAGGCGACCCGGCCACCGCCAAGAGUGUAAACGGGGUCCCCGUGAAUCUCGUGGACUACUUCUCUCAACGAUCGGAUGAAAUGAGUACGGUCCUCAAUCGCUAUCGGGGCAAUCUGAAGGAAAUUGAGGAUCACUUGCACGGGGUCGAGAUGUCGCUCAACCGGCAGAUUACCGACUUCAUGAGUAAAUCUCGUGAUGGAUCCGGUGCGGCGACCCCGAAAACGGUAAUUAGCGAUCUCGCGGCGGUCUUGGGAGAUGUUGAGGGUGGUAUCCUGGGCGUCGCAUCCCGUCUUGGAAGCGUAUCGGAGCAGGUUCAAGAAUUGGCACUGGGCCCCGUGACAGCGGAGGGUCGGUUUGGGUACUGA